AUGCAGAGAAUGAAUCAAACACAGGUUUUUAGGCGUGUUCAGACAUUUUGCCAAACACACAUUUGGCCAAUGAAGAGAAAAACCUACGUUUUGUCAACAAACUUGUUGGCAAAACGUGCAAUUUUAGCCUUAUUGGCCAAAUAUGUUUUGGCAGAAUGUUUAAUGCUAGUCGGCCCAAAAGCCGUGGACAUUGAAAGACCACCCCUUUGGCCGAGCAUUUCCACAAUUCUGAAAGCCUCGGGAUUGUCAGUGCAGACUGUGGAGGUGGAUGAGUCUAACGGGCAGAGUGUAGACAAUGCACAUAAUACAUUACGGUCUCCGGUUAAAAGUUUGUGUAUUUUUUGUGUUUUCCGGAAGGAAAAUUUAUUUCCAGUGAUCGCCGUCGACACUUCAUUCUCUCUACUUGACUCGAUUCUAGACGAUAUAGGCUUAAUUGACUUGGGUGGCUCUAAUGCUUAUAUGGUUCUUCUAAUUUGUGCGUACCCUUUGGAGGAUUGUAUAAAGGACCAAACACUUCGAAAUUCAAUAGCUUCGGGUGGUUUUGCUUUGAUUACACCUUAUUCGAGUGAAUGGGCACAGAUUAGACAAAAUGUAUAUCCGAAAAUGAUGACUGGUCAGCAGUCUACGGAAUCAUUUUUAGCUACCUUAGCUAUUUACAAUGCUUGUUAUGGUUUCUGCCUUGGCUCUUCCCUUACCGGCACCGGCUCAUUUGCUAGCGAUCCAAAUAAUCCAGCUUUUGUAGCCAAUUUGCGCUCUUUCGGCCAAGUAAAUUUAACUUCUUGGCCCGCCCCUUUACAAAAUUUAGCAAUUUACAUUUUGCCUUCCAGCGGAGGGCAAUAUUCCUUAAUUUACACGGCAAUUUCAAUCCCCUCCUCUUCCUGUGGAACUUUUGAGUGUUUUGAUAUUCAACUACAAACAUCUCCAAAUAUUUCUGAGGACCUUUUAUGGCAGAAACAACGCUCAAACACCAUUCCCUCAUGCAUUUAUUCUGGAGGGUGUUCAAGUUUGGCACCUUAUAUUUCUGCUGGGGCGGCUAUUGUUUUGGUUGCAGCUGCCGCUGGAAUUGUUUACACGAUACAGAGAAAGUGA